CAGCAUUGUCAGCCGGUCUGGUAAAAAAAAAAAAAAAAAUCUGUCAUUUGUCAGAAUUAUGUUAUAUAUACAAUUAUUUUAUUCGUUUUAAUAUUAUGACGCAAAGUUUUUAUUAAUCACAUAACGAUAAUUAAUUUAAUUAAAAGUGUGAAAAUAAAAAAAUACAAAUUUUAAAGUAAAGUGUAGUUUAAUAAUUAAAUAAACUCAGUGAAUUUUGGUUUUUAUUAUAAUAUUGCAAAAUGAGUUCAAACAACGCCAAAGCCUUGUUUGCAUGCUCCAGGUGUUUUUCACGUCAUCCUUUCGAAGAAUUAUCACCAGGCCAGCAGCUGUGUAAAGAAUGUCGUGGAUCAUUUCCAGUUGUUAAAUGUACAUACUGCAGAUCAGAAUUUCAACAAGCAAUAAAAGGUAACACAUGCACAAUAUGUAAAAAAUGUGAACAAAAUGUUAAAGCAUAUGGUAAACCAUCAGCAUGUGAAUAUUGUAAUACAAUUGCUGCAUUUAUUGGUAGUAAAUGUCAAAGAUGUACAAAUUCAGAAAAACGUUAUGGACCACCAGUAACAUGUGAACAGUGUAAACAAAAAUGUGCCUUUGAUAGGCAAGAUGAAGAUAAAAAGGUUGAUGGUAAAUUAUUGUGUUGGUUAUGCACAUUGUCUUACAAGCGAGCACUUGCUAAGACUAAACAAUCUGAUGCUGAUAGAAGAGCUCACAUGAAACUAUCACAAGAACGUGCAGCUAAACAUAAAGAACAAAAAUUAAAAGGACAUAAUAAAAGACCACAUCGUAUUGAUGUUACAAAAUUACCACCACAACCAGAACCAGUUGAAACAAAUGGACCAACACCAGCUAAAAUAACAAGAAUGGUUGGUACUCAUGAUCCACAUGAUCCAAAUAGUUCUGAUCAUGUUGUUGCUGUAACACAAUUAAAAGAAAAAAUUGCAUUACUACAAAAACAAUUGUCACAAAAAGAUAGCCAAUUGUUGACCAAGGAUAGACAGAUUCAUGAAUUAAAAGCUAAAAAUUUUACUGCUGAAUCUGAAUUACGUAAUAAAAUGAAAUCAACUGAAAAAGAUCAUGAUAAUAAAGUUAAUAAUAUGCAACAAAAGAUAUCGAAUUUGUUGAAAGAAGUAGCGACGUUAUCUAAAAGUAAACAACGUAGUGAUAGACUGGCUGCUACUAAAAAUGAAGCUGGAACAAAUAGUGGUAGUGGUACAGACAGUCCUGUACCUUGACAACGAACGCUGGGCUAGGCGUGACAAGACAACCACAUUUAUUGUCAAUAAAUAUAUAUUUUUUUUUUUCCCUUUUUUUGUCAUAUCGAAUAUACAAACGCUACAAAUUUGUAUUAUUUUUAUAAUUACCGUAGAUUAAUAGCAAGUUGUCUUCUGACGUAUUUAAAACAAAAAAAACUUAACAAUGCUCAUUGUUCUAUUUUUUUUUUUUUUGUUCAAUUAAGUAGCAUGUGGAAAUUUUUGUCAUUUUUGUUUUGUGAAUUUUAUCGUUUAAAAUGUCUCAAUUUAAUGAAAACUUUUUAAUUGUCUGUAUGAUUUUA